AUGGCCUCGCGUUGUCUGGUUCUUACUCCAAAACUCGCCCAGCGCUCAGGUGCACGAUUUAUAUCAACGACAAGAGUGCUACGGGAAGAGACAUCCACUUCACCCAACCUAGGUUCGGUCCAACCGCAGAAGAGACCGGUCGGGGGCUUCCGGGGAGGAAUAAUCGGGUUUCUGUUCGGAUUCUCGCUAGCCUCCGCGUUUGCUGCAUAUCAUCUUUUGGACGAAUAUAAGCUCGCUUCCGCAGCGCUGCAGGCCAGUGUGGAGGAGCUGCAAGCAAGCACGGAGAAGGUGUCUGCACACGUCCGUCGUAUCGAAGCAGUGGAAAAGGAUUUGAAGGCGCUAUCGCAGAGUUCCGCAAGUAAAGAUGAACUAUCAAGGGUUCGUGCAGAGCUCAAGAAAGUAUACGACGGAUUGCACAUCGAAUUCCUUGAUUUGAGAUCACAUGUUUGGGGAAUGCAACAAGACUUGCAUUCGUUAGCCAAGAAGGAUGCCACAUCUGUUCGUAUAUAG